AUGAAGGUUCCGCGGCCUGAGGCUCUCGAGGAUGGAGACUCGCGGAAGUUCCUGGAGGAGUUUGAGGACGUCGCGGAGCUGGCGGGGAUACGGUCAGACAGGGUGGGCGGUACUGGAUGCGGUGCGAAGAGGCCCGGAGAAGAUGGAGUGGGUCGCCAAGAAGGACGCCCUGAUCGCGGGUUUCGACACCCCGGCCGACCACCAGAAGGCGUUGCGAAGCUUUCAGACGGCGCAGUUUGGAGUUAUCGCGGGCCCCUGUCGGACGCCGUGGACGUGCGCACCCUGUUAGAUCGAGCACUACCAAAUUUGAUCAACGCUGCUCGGUUAAAGCUAUUACUGGAUCGUCUCGUGGAGGGCCUGCCGGACAAUCUUCGGGAAAAGGCACGAAUAGUCAAGGCAAGGCGUGCCAUGGAUUUAUUUACGCUGGCUGAGGCCAUGAGGCAGCUGUCCCAAAUUCUCAUCAAAGUAAGUCAUAAACUGGCACAAACUGGACGCGCUCGAACCUACGAUCUGCUUCGACAGCGGACUCCCGCCCAUCACAAUGUUCAGUUCAGUCAAUACCAGUAUCUGAGAUCGGCGAGUUAUGGUCCAUCGAACUCAUGGGUCCAUUUCCGAUAUCCCCUAGAGGACACCAAUAAAUCGUUGUAG